GCCAGAGUAUAUAGAGUGCGCAGCCUCAACCACGCUUCCUCCCUCCCUCUCUUUCUCUCUCAACCUACCUUCACUGAACUGAAUCUCGGCUAAUGUCGUCCAAAUCCAAAAUACAAUCAGACCAUGUCCCACGGAUUAAGCUGGUCAUUGUAGGCGACGGAGCUUGCGGCAAAACCUCGGUGCUUCAUGUUUUCAAAUAUGGCACGUUUUCAAGGGCUCAUAUACCGACAGUAUUCGAUAACUAUGUUCAUACAGUACAAGUAGACGGAAAGACGGUAGAGCUAGCUCUUUGGGAUACGGCCGGCCAAGAAGAAUACGAUAGAAUUCGGAUCCAUUCGUACCCUGGAGCCAACGUCGUCUUGAUAUCAUUUGCUAUUGACACAAAAGAUUCACUGGAAAAUGUUACUUCGGAGUGGAUCGAGGAAGUUAACAAAGAGUGUCCCGGUGUACCGAUAAUACUAGUGGGCCUCAAGAAAGAUUUAAGGCCACAAGACGCCAGACGCAACGACAACACAUUUGUUCACCCACGAGAGGCGGAGAUUGUGGCAUCGAACAUUGGCGCCCGUUCUUAUAUAGAAUGCAGCGCGUUGACUGGUGAAGGUGUUCAAAAAGUAUUUGAUAUUGCCGUCAGAGCUGGCCUGAUUCAAAAGCAAAAAGAUGAUACCGGAUGCUGUAUCAUCCUGUAAUACCAUGGACCCUAUAUUUUCCAAUCAUCAACUCCACCCUACCCCGUUUACCUCGGCAUACAUUUGCUCAUGGAUACCAGCUGGUGAAACCCAUCUGCCUAUUUCCAUUUUUUCUCCGCCUUAACAAACUAAUUACAAACGGUCACCAAUCCAUUCCAACACGUACAAAGCCCAUUCAUGUUUUCUAUCAACCACGCCUUACGCCUUUUUUGCCUUCAACGUCUUACACACCUGCAAUAGCGUAAAUUAUGGUCAUCCUCUUCCCUUCGCUUCUAUA